UUGUUGACACCGUCUUCGACCACUAGUGGUGGGCGUUUCCAGCAAGCUAUUACGGCCCAGCUUCAGCAACAAGACGCCGAUAAUGCUCGAAAUCGACCUGCACCGUCGUCUUCACAAGAUAGACGGCCUAAGCCGCCGCCUCCCGCCACACCGGAUUUACUCGACGACGAUGACGAAAUUCUGGACCUGACCGGUGAUGAUACAGUUUUGUCAUCAGACUCGGUUGCAUUCGACGAGGGAGUCACGAUAUGGAACGAAACGCAGGCUUCAAGGCCGGAGCCACUGCCAAAGCGAGGACAGAAGAGAAAAAGCACGGAAAUGAGCAAGGCAGACAGUGUCGACUCGGAUUCCGACGAGUUCCCGGAUAUUUACAAGACGUUGGGCACGCCGGCUCCUAAGAGUAGUCGGUCAGUGAAAGCCAACAAAAUUAUACCGUCAAGCGUCCGUAGGGCGAACACAGAUCAAGGUUUUGUCGAGGAGCGAACAGUUACGCAAACGAUCAGUCGGACACAACGGACGUACAAGAUGACGGACGAUUCGCAUGAGGAUGGGACACCGCGUCGAAUUCCGAUGCCACUAGGAGCUCAGCAAGCCCUUGGACGGACUCCCAGCAAGGCCCUGCGGAUAUCGUCGAGUCCCGAGUCGAAUACCAGGGCGAAGCCAGCCGUUGUGCAAUCGACACAGCACCGAGCCAGGCCUCGCGUCAUUCAAGAUUCAGACGACGAGUUCGACGAGGGUGACCUCGAUGCCGACCUCCUUGCCACACCGAGUCGAAGCACGUUUAUGCCAGCUUCUGCUAGUCGUCCACGACCAACAUCGGUGCCGCUGGGGAAUGCAGAGUUGUCCGACGAACUUGUUGCUCCGGAUACACCUUCCAAGCCUCAGACUGCAACACUAUUGCCAGAUGACUCUUUCGUGAGCUUCGAGCCAGAGGCCGGUCAGGAUGACUCAACAAACACAUUAUCGCAGCCAACACCUUCGUCACAGGGACAGAAGUCUGAAGUGCUCAAGUUCAUCUUGGCCCACCCAGACGCAAUGGACGUUCAAGAGAAAUUGAUCAUGGCAAAGCUCAAGCAAAACUCGGAGAACAUGCGUAAUGCUCUACGAGAAGGCUCCAAGGAAGACCGUAUCAAGCACAAGAGCGAGAAGGAAUCGCUCAUGAAGCAACAAUCUUCCCUGAAGGAUGCGACUGAUCUUCUGAAGUCUUACGUCAAGAUUCAAGAUGAGCACGAGGCCCUUGUGCAACACAUCCUCAAAGUUUAUGACGAGGACGGGGAUACUGAGCAGGACGAAGUCCGCUCGGAUGAGCUUGCAGAAAAAAGAAGGGACUUGGAGCAGUCAAUCGAGCGGUAUCUACCCAAGGUCGGUAUCGAUGGCGACGCCUUCAUUGAAGACUAUCGCAGGUCAAAGUCUGUUGUCAUGAGCACUCAACCGAACAAGGCUCCAUCCGGGCCAUCCAGAGCUACAGAGUCGUUCGAGAGCGACAAUCAGGUCAUUCAUCAAACACAAUUUCCCGGGUCUUCGAGACUUACAGACCCGAGAGAUCGCUCCCCGCCACCGUUCCCACGAAGCGGGCCACAACUACCCAAGAGCGCAAAGAAGUCUACUCCUCUGGUGACUAAAACCAGUCGAAGAGAUGACUUUGAAGACAACUAUUUGGACGAAAUCGAAGAUGACUUUGGCACAUUUAAUCCUUUACCUCCAGUUUCUAGGUCGGCGCCGAGUCGCAGAACCCCUGCCAAAGCAUCACGCUCUCGGGUCAUGGAUAUGUCCAGCGAUUACGGCGAUGAAGCAGAUGCGGAUAUGCUCGCUCUUGCACAAGACUUUGAGUCACGGCAUUCUUCGUCCGCCGAGGACACUAGUCAGCGGAGGCCCGUCUUGACUGCGACGUCUGGCAAUGCCGCACAACGUCCAAAGCCUGCUGAGCCUCCCAAGAAAAGAGAGGUCUCCAAAUCAAAGCUGUCGAUUCCACCCGAGUUGAUGAAGCACCCGUGGUCUCCAGAUGUUGGCCGAGCUCUGAAAGACAGGUUCAGGAUGAGAGGGUUUCGACCUAAUCAGCUUGAGGCUAUCAACGCCACCCUGGCCGGCAAAGACGCUUUUGUGUUGAUGCCGACAGGCGGAGGAAAAUCUCUCUGCUACCAGCUUCCAGCUGUUAUCAACAGUGGGAAGACGAAAGGCAUCACUAUUGUCGUCUCUCCCCUGCUCAGUUUAAUGCAAGACCAAGUCGAUCACAUGUCGGCAAUCAAUAUUCAAGCGGUCUCGCUCAACGGAGAGACUCCUAGUCAAAAACGACAACAUAUCUUUACAUCGUUCAAGGAGAGGAGUCCUGAGCUCUUCGUUCAGCUGCUUUACGUCACGCCUGAAAUGCUCAACAACAGUCCAUCCUUCAUGAAGGCGUUAUCAACACUCUACUCAGGAAAACGGCUAGCACGGAUUGUCAUUGACGAAGCUCAUUGUGUCAGUCAGUGGGGUCACGAUUUCCGACCAGAUUACAAAGCUUUAGGCAAGCUUCGCAACCAUUUCCCCACGGUACCCAUCAUUGCACUUACGGCAACGGCAACCCAAAACGUCAUCGUCGAUAUCAAGCACAAUCUGGGAAUGGAGAAUUGCCAGGUUUUCUGUCAGAGCUUCAACAGACCAAACCUGACGUAUGAAGUCCGCAUGAAGGAGAAAGAUUUGGUCACCAAGAUCGCCGAUCUCAUCCAGACGAAGUACAACGGGCAAUGUGGAAUUAUCUACACGUUGUCGAGAAAGACAUCAGAACAAGUGGCAGAGAAGCUACGAGACAAAUGGGGGGUCCGGGCACAUCAUUACCACGCCCAAAUGUCACCCGAGGACAGAAUCAAAGUUCAAAGACAAUGGCAGAAGGAUAAAAUCCAUGUCGUUGUGGCAACCAUUGCUUUUGGCAUGGGCAUCGAUAAGCCUGACGUUCGUUUCGUCAUCCACCACUCGGUCCCGAAAAGUUUGGAGGGCUACUACCAAGAAACGGGUCGAGCUGGCAGAGACGGCAAUCCAUCCGAUUGUAUUCUAUAUUACGGUUAUGGAGAUGUUGUGACGUUAAGGAAGAUGAUAGCAGAUGGCGAAGGCAACGAAGCACAGAAGGAGCGGCAAAGGACGAUGCUCAAUCGAGUCUCUGCGUUCUGUGAUAACCGGGAAAGCUGCCGCGGAGUUGAAAUUCUCCGCUACUUCGGCGAGGUCUUCAAUAAGGACGAGUGCAACAAGACUUGCGACAACUGUCGAGCAGGGGCCGUCUUCGAACAGCAAGACUUCUCCGACAUUGCCAUCGCCGCUAUCCAGACUAUUGGUAACCAUUCGAAACUGACUAUCAAUCAGUGCUGUGAAAUUCUCGCCGGGAAGAAAUACCAAGCGAACCUUACCCAGCACCCCGAAGAUCCCCACGGCAUCGCCAAGAAGAUGAAGAAACAUGAGAUUGAGCGUAUUCUCGAUAGGCUCACCGCUGAGGAAGCCCUCGAGGAGGAAAACGUGGUAAAUAAAAGGGCCAAUAUUGCCAUAUCAUACCUCAUUGUCGGCCGUAAUGCGCAUCUUUUUGAAACGGGACGCCGCAAGCUGUUGUUGUCGGUACAGGUUUCCGAUAGGAAUAGGGAACCUUCGGUACCUAAGCCGAGAAAGCGAACGAAGAAGAACAAUGAUGAAGAGGAAGACGUCGACAACAGGACAUCCAGGCAUCUUCCACCUUCAACAAAUGUGUCGUCCCCUGCGCAAGUCAGGGUCCAAACCAAGAAGAAGGGCAAGUCCGUGGCAACUGUCUUCGACACGGACGAAGAAGAAGAACAGGAGAUGCUGCUACAGCAGAUGGAGGAGCAGGACUUGUCACUGCACGCAAAUGGUUACGCAAAGGAUGGUUUCGUCAUGUCGGAUGACGAUGACGAUGCUUUCGAGCCUAUGCCCCAGAUUCGUGCGCGAGGCAAUGCUUCCCGAGAUAUUGGUCCUCGCAUCGAAGGAGACAGUCGGCUGGGCGAAAUUGAUGACUUGCACCAAGAUGUCGUACACAGCUUUGUCCAAGAAGCAAAGAAGCUCGAAGAGGAGCUGCGCAAUGCGCAGAGUCUCCGAAAACCGCUCUUCUCGGAGCGGAGCUUACGGGAAAUGGCCAUUCGAUGGACCACUACAUUGCCCCAGAUGCGCCGCAUCCCAGGUAUCGAGAAAGAGAGGGUCGAUAAAUUUGGAAACAAGUUCAUCCCUCUGAUCCGCAACUUCCAGCACCAGUACAACGAGAUGAUGGCCAACGACACCGCUGAGAUGGAGGACGCUGGCCCUUCAGACGACGUCCCGGACGACGUAGUCGACUUAAUUAGUUCGGACGACGAGGACAUGGAAGACGACAACGAUGGAGAGGAAGAGGAGGCCUCAAAGUACUUUGGUGGCCCGCCACCGGCCCUGAGACCUGAGGUACAAGCAUGGAACGAGCAAAUGAGGCUGAGUGAGCUCGAGACGGCCCCCGCAACCCGAGGCUCAUCGAGCACGUCAACACGGGGACGAGGGAGUUAUCGAGGCGGCGGCAAGAAAUUUGGUUCUCGAAAGAGCUCGGGCGCGGGCACGGGCUACAAGAAGGGAGGAGGUGUCGCCAAGAGGAAGGCCACUGGGGGAACAAGCAGAAGAAGCAGUGGCGCGGCAUCGGCUUCUGGCUCCAAGAACUCGACGGUGACGAGCUACUUCGGCAGGGGUGGCAAGAAAGGCGGAGGAAGUGGUGGUGGUGGUGGCGGCAGCAUCGGGAUGAUGCCUUAUUGA